AUGGCCUCCAGCACGGCGUCCAAGCCGAUCCAGAAGAUCCUGGACUCAACGAAAAUCGCGUCCUUGACGAAGUUUGUACGCAAGCCGCCGGUCGACCCGAGUCUACCGAUUCAGGGAAAGCCCCGAGAGCCGAACUCCAAUGCAUUCAAGGAGCACAUGAAGCGGGAGGCCGUCCGGCUCCAGAAGGCGCUGAAUUCUAUCGCCCACGGCAAGCACAUCUUCGUCUAUCACAAUGUCCGCACUAAGCAGGUGGUUUACUCCCUGACUCGGUAUCUUGAGAAGAAUAACCUCCUCCGUCAAAUGGUUUAUCACGGCAAGAAGACCGUCCCUGCCGACAUCCGCCGCGAUAUGUGGAUGAUUACAGUGACAAAAGAGUUCCUGGAAUUGAAACGGCCAAAGAACCCGUUGGAAGCAGAGGAGUUCGACAAGUUGAACAAGAAGCGGAUCGGCAAGCCGAUGGAGAAGAAGGAGCGUGCCCGAGUUCUUAUGGACCAGAAGGCUACGUCGGUGGCAGACAUUGCCGCUGUCCUGGCCAUCCAACAAGAAGAAAUUGCGGACGGGCUUUUGGCUGAGGAUGGAAAGCGUGGAUUCUUGACCAAGAAGGCCCGUCAACGCCGUCGUGAGGCUCGUCAGCGUGAGACCGAGCAGGCUGUGAAGAACACCGUUCGGGUUGAGGCGCUUGAGCAGCAGCUAAGCGAAGGAAGUGGAGUGGAGGUCAAAAUCGCCGAGGAAGAUGGUGCGUACCCCGAGACAAUCGAGAAGGUCAAGCUUCUUUGGCGGGAUGUGCAUGACGCGAAUUACGCCGCGACUUGGCCUAGCCACGUCGAGCAUGGUGAGCUAGAGCUCAAGCGCACCACUAUCAUUGGUCGCGAGAGACAGCUCGACGGCACCGAUGAAGUUGUUACGGAGCACGAGUUCAACGAGCUGAAGAAGGAGUAA